AUGGGGACUACAGGCCAGUCUAUUACUUUGGCCAAUAGUAUUAUCGGAGUUGGUAUAUUGGCAAUGCCCUUUUGUUUUCAACAAUGUGGUGCCCUAUUAGCUACUUUGAUAUUGCUUUCAAUGGGACUGGUAUCCCGACUGUGUUGUUAUUUUCUUUUAAAAGCAGCCAUUAUAACUAGGAGGAGAAAUUAUGAAUUUCUUGCGUUCCAUGUUUUUGGCUCAUCUGGGAAAAUGGCAGUAGAAGUUGGUAUUAUUGGCUUCCUGAUGGGUACUUGUAUCGCCUAUUUUGUGGUGGUCGGAGAUCUAGGUCCACAGAUUAUUUCUAAAAUGUUUAAUAUCAAUCAAAGUGAUAUAUUAAGAACAUCAAUAAUGGUGAUAGUAUCCCUAGUGUGCGUGUUACCAUUGGGUUUAUUAAGAAAUGUGGACAGUUUGAGUAAUGUUAGUGCAGCAACAAUUGCAUUCUACUUCUGUUUAGUUAUGAAGGUGAUAGGAGAAGCAGGAUCUCAAAUGUUGGCUCCAGAUUGGCACAACAGAAUUGAGUUGUGGAAACCAUCUGGCUUACUUCAGUGUGUUCCAAUUUUUUCCAUGGCACUGUUUUGUCAAACACAAUUGUUUGAGAUAUUCGAAUCGAUGCCGUCACUGUCCCUGGAGAAAAUGAAUGUUGUGACAAAGAACGCAAUCAAUAUUUGCGCAGCUGUUUACUUCACCCUAGGGCUGUUCGGUUACAUCGCGUUCAGUGAACACGAAAUAUCUGGGAAUGUCCUAAUGAGUUUGAGUCCCACAAUGGGGAGUGACGUCAUCAAGUUGGGAUUCGUGAUGUCGGUGGCUUGCAGUUUCCCCUUAAUUAUUUUCCCCUGUCGCGCCAGCCUCUACUCAUUCCUAUAUAGAAAAGUACAUCCCUCCCACCACGACCAUAUUAUUAACCAUUCUAUACCAGAGAGCACAUUCCGGUGUAUUACAGUUGCGAUAAUAGCCGUGUCGCUAUUCAUAAGUCUUCUGCUACCGAAUAUAGAAUUGGUUUUGGGUUUAGUCGGGUCGACGAUAGGUGUUCUAGUAUGUGUCGUGUUCCCAGCAGCUUGCUUCAUCAAUGUGACAUUUAAGAACACCAAUGAGAGGGUUUUGGCUAAGUUUACCGUGGUCUUGGGAUUAAUUAUCCUAGUGCUUGGCACAUAUGCAAACUUAGAAGCGGCAGAAAAUACUAGAGACAAAUACGAUGAGAAAUAUAUCACCCAGGAAAAAAUUGACAAGAUCGUCGAAGACUUCUUUGAGAAAAUGGAAAAGACGGAGGGUAUACCAAAACCUCACAUUAUCGAACCGAAAAAAGAAAAUGCUGAAGUUCAAAAUCAAGUAAAAGAUUCUGUUGCACUGCCACCUAAUCCUGUUCCACCUGAAUCACAGUCAAAUGAAAAAAACCCACCAAAAGAAGCCCCUAUUCCUGUAGAUAAAAAAGACAUUAUACCCGACGAUAAAGAAAAGGAAAUAAAUAAAAAAGCGUCGGAUGAACAACAAAAUGGCCAAACUAUUUUGAAUCAAGUUAUUCCUAAUGCUCAACCAAAACCGAACGUAGCAAACGGGGCAAAAGUUAAUAAAGUCGAGGAAAAAGCGAAAGAAGAAAUAAAAUCGCGCCAAGAGAAAAUAGAUAUGAUUAAACACAAACAACUUAUGGAAACUAUAAAACAGCACGGACAAGAACAAAAAGAAUUGAUCAAAGAACAAAAAGAAAUCUUGGACGAGCUGAAAAAGACCAAGGACGAAAUGGAAAAAAAUAAAAAAGAUCUAGAUAGUGAAGAAGCCAAGAAAAUAGCUGUAGAAAGUAUUCAAAAAAUUGCCAAUAUCGCUAUAAAAAGUUUAACAGGAGUAUCGGACAAGCCCUUGGAUCAGGUUAAUGGGGGAAAAAUAUCUGACCAAGCACAACCCAUUAAAACAUUAGAAGAAAGCGUUAUAAAUGAAAUCGUUAAAAAUACCGCAGAAAAAUUGGAGGUGAUAAAGCAAAAAGAAACUUCCAAUGCAAAAAUCAACAAGAAAGAGAAAGAAAACAUAGAAAACCAGAAUAAACUUGUUGAAAGUAUAGACAAAAUCGGUAAUGAUAUUCCUGAUACUCCAAUUAAACUACAUGCACAACCGAGAAUAGAAGUAAAACUGGACGAUAAAAAAGAUGAAGGUUUAAAUUUACCAGAGGUUAAAAAUAUUCAAGAACCCGCCUUACCUAUUAAUAACGUUGUUCCAGCACAAUAUCCAAAAGCAAACGAAAUAAUAGACAGUAAAAUUGCAGAGAAGCCAAAACACGAGCAUUCAGCAGACGAGCCGCAAUCCUACAAACGAGGAGAAGAUCAACAGCUACCAAAGAAAGUCGCUAACACAGUUGGCAACGUCCCGCUUGCGAUUGCUCUGAGUGAAAGCUCUAAGAUAAAAGAAAAGCAAAUGAGAUUAGAAGAAAAAUCGAUAAUCAAUACAAAUUUAGAAAACGAGGCCAUCAGACAAAAACGCGAAGUCGUAGAUUGUACAGAGAAAACCAUUUUGAAGGCAGAAGAUAAACAGAUAUGUGAAAAUCUAGUUAACAAACCGGAAGCAAAAUAUACGGAUGAUUUGUUACCACAAGUCGAUUUGGACGAUGUAUUAUCGAAAAAUGCACCCGUACAAGCCAUACAUCACAUGAGGUCUCUGAAGAGUUAUGACGAAAGAGGGGUUUGA